AUGUUAUCCAAUCCUCUCCACCGGUUUUCUCCUUACCAUGCCAUCCCCGCAAACACACUCAUGUCUAAUGGCCACGUUCCGGGAGGCCAUCUUCAUCCGGGUGGACUCGAUGGCUUAGCUCCCGGAUCGCACUACGCCCUCCAGCAGCUUCAACAACACGUCGGUGUUCACAAUCCACACCUCGCCAGAGCAGGGUCUCAGCAAAAGCACAGGCAACACCCAUAUGGUCCUUCCUCAAGGGCUACAGGGGCGGCGGGUCCUAUCCGCAGGAGAAUUAGCAGAGCUUGUGAUCAAUGCAACCAGCUUCGGACAAAGUGCGACGGCCAGCAUCCCUGCGCCCAUUGCAUUGAAUUUGGCCUUGGCUGCGAAUACAUCCGGGAACGCAAAAAGCGAGGAAAAGCUUCCAGAAAGGAUCUGGCACAACAAGCCGCACAGCAAGCUGCCGCGGCCGCCUCUUCAAACGGUCAAAAAUCCCCAAGCCAAGGAGGCGAGAACGGGCAGGCCACCGAGAACGGAAGCGAUACCCCAAGUACCACAAAGCAGGAACGUCAGUCAAGCUCGGAUGAGAAGCCAGGAAACGAUGCCGAGGAGGCGAUUAGAAGCCAACGAACAGGGAGCAUGGACAGCUUGGCCGAGAUUGCCGCUCAUCAGGCUCACAUGACGAGCCACCCUGGCGCUAUGGAUCGCGAUCAUUUGGACAGCCCAUCAGCAUUGGACCUGAACGGCUAUGGCAAUGUUCACCCGGCAUACGAGCGUCAAAUGGGAGGCCACAUGAUGAACGGCCCUCCUCAUGCUGCGUACGGCUCCGCCCAGAGCGGCAUGUCGAGCUACCCUGACCUUCCGUACGCUCUGCAAACCCAGAGCCCAACUGGCUACUCAGCAGGUGGCCCCAAUGGCUUCCGCCUUGGAAACAGCCCUCUUAGCGCCUAUCCUAUGGGCGGAGAGCCAACAUCGCCCGGAUGGAUGAACAUGUCAUCACCACCUCCACAAUUUGCCUCGCACGUACCGCAAAACAAUUAUAGCCACUCGCCGCUCCGGUAUCCGGUUUUGGAGCCGCUGGUUCCGCAUCUGGGCAACAUGAUUCCGCUCUCCUUGGCCUGCGAUCUCAUUGAUCUCUACUUUGCGAGCUCAUCAUCAGCCCAGAUGCACCCCAUGUCGCCAUACGUUCUGGGGUUCGUGUUCCGAAAACGGUCGUUCCUGCACCCUACUAAGCCUCGUCAGUGCCAACCAGCUCUCUUAGCAAGCAUGCUUUGGGUUGCUGCCCAAACCAGCGAAGCUCCUUUCUUGACGAGCGUCCCCUCGGCGCGCGGCAAGAUUUGCCAGAAGCUUCUUGAGCUCACCGUCAGCCUGCUCAAGCCCUUGAUCCACACGCCCUCCGAAGAGGCGUCGCCAGUCUCGAGCCCCAUUGUGGAUGGUGUGGCCCUAGGCGGUCUCGGUGUGGCGCUUCCUGGCUCCAUCAGCAUGGACGCUCUCACAGGCGAGUCCGGGGCGUUCGGCGCUGCCGGCUCUCUUGACGAUGUGGUUACCUACAUCCACCUGGCCACAGUGGUCUCUGCCAGCGAAUACAAGGGCGCCAGUCUUCGGUGGUGGAACGCCGCUUGGUCAUUGGCCCGUGAGCUCAAGCUCGGUCGCGAGCUGCCUCAAAACGCUCCAUCCACCCGUCAGGGCGGCUCUACCGACAGCGAAGAAGGCGAAGAGCGUGGAGAGAUUGGGAGUCUUCAGGGAGUUAUCACGGAAGAGGAGCGUGAGGAAAGACGACGGAUCUGGUGGAUCGUCUACAUUGUUGACCGCCACCUCGCUCUCUGCUACAAUCGCCCCCUGUUCCUCCUUGAUAUUGAGUGCGAUGGUCUGUAUCAGCCAAUGGACGACACCGACUAUCAAAACGGCAUUUUCCAUGCCUACACGGACCCCAAUGUGCUCGCUUCAGACCCCGAGUCUUCUCAAAGCGUUCGCGGCCGAGGGCCCUGCUUCGAAUGCACAGGCCACAGCAUCUAUGGCUACUUCCUUCCCCUGAUGACCAUUCUCGGCGAGAUUGUCGACCUUCACCACGCCAGGAAUCACCCCCGCUUUGGUGUUGGCUUCCGCUCCUCACGGGAGUGGGACGAUCAGACAUCAGAAAUCACUCGGCAUCUCGAAAUCUAUGAGCGGAGCUUGAAGAGAUUCGAGCAGCGCAACCUGAGCCUCAGUGCGCAAGCGCAAGCUGCCGAUGAGAAGGCCGCCGAGGCUGCCGGUGUUCCUACGGCCAACGAUAUGCCUACUGAUAUUGGCACCCCAUCGGUACACAGCGUUCACAGCGUCCACACCAACUCUAGCCGGAUGACAGAGAGCGACAUUCAAACUCGCAUCGUCAUGGCCUACGGAACUCAUGUCAUGCACGUACUACACAUCCUCCUUACCGGCAAGUGGGAUCCUAUCAACCUCCUCGAUGACAACGACCUCUGGAUCAGUAGCCAGGGCUUCAUCACCGCCACUGGGCAUGCUGUCUCAGCCGCCGAGGCCAUUAGCAACAUCCUCGAGUUUGACCCCGGUCUUGAGUUUAUGCCUUUCUUCUUCGGCAUCUACCUUCUCCAAGGCUCGUUCCUUCUCCUACUGAUUGCCGAUAAGCUGCAGCUGGAGGCGUCACCAAGCGUGGUCAAGGCCUGCGAGACAAUCAUCCGCGCCCACGAGGCCUGCGUCGUGACACUCAACACAGAGUACCAGCGCAACUUCAGCAGGGUCAUGCGCAGCGCUCUGGCCCAAGUUCGGGGCCGUGUUCCCGAGGACCUCGGCGAGCAACAUCAACGCCGGAGGGAGCUGCUGGCCUUGUACCGGUGGACAGGUGACGGCACUGGCCUAGCGCUUUAG